AUGUUCCCGCAAGGCAUUGAAGUGAUCAGGCCUGCAUCUGGCGGCGUGUGGAUUCUCCGCGGGCCCCGAAGUCGCCUCGUCAUCAGCAAAAGUGCCGCACGCUCUUCCCAUCUCCAGCAAUGGAUGGUCGGGCAGAAAUGCUCCAGCUUCCUGAUCAAGAGGAACAAGCAGGGGCGCCUGGGUGGCUCAACGUUCAGCACCGACCCCAAUAACCUGAAGGCUCCCAACUCCUUUAACGACAACAGGCUGAUUCACCUCUACACUGUGGGCGAGAAGCCUGGGGCUGAUGGCAGACGCAUAGUGGUGGCCACGAAGCGGAGAUCCCUCCAGGGAAAACCCACUAGCCCCGUGACCACCACGAACAAGAACGCUUCGGCCACCCUCGGAAGCAUCGGGCACAGGAUCCACAAGAACCAGGACCACCCAGAUCCGUACGUGGCCGCCAUUCGCACAGCCGGCGCCAUCCCUCGCCGCCAGAAGCCUGUGACGGUGAAGAAGAAGAGGCCCGCCCCACCAAGAGCUCCUGAGCACCUGCCCCCCACCUCCAAAGCAAUAGAGAUGUCAACCACUUCAAAAAAACAAACAAAAAACUGCGACCCGGAGCCACUCCCGGCCAACCCGCAGCCUGAAAUAGCCAAGCCCAGCCAAGAUCAGUCAGAUCCCCAUAGCCCUGCCGGACCCCGAGCAGGAAAAAUAAAUUCCCAUUAUUGUAAGCCACUGAGUUUCGGAGUGUUUGUUCCGCAGCCUUAUUGCAGCAAGAGCCGACUGUUACAAUGA